AUGCAACAGUCUGUGGCAGACAAGCCCGAAACCAGGGACCAAGAAGCCGCUCAAGCCCCAGUACAGCUUGCAGAAGAUGAAUUCGAGUACCCGGACGGCGGCUGGACUGCAUGGUCCCAGGUCAUAUCGGGCCAUUGCGUCAACGCGAUGACAUGGGGAUACCCUUCGACAUACGGCGUGUAUCAGCUUUACUACACCGAAACCCUCGGCUUGCCAAAGGCCCAAGUCUCCUGGAUCGGGUCCAUCCAAAUCUUCAUCGCCUUCUCCCUAUGCGCCAUUUCCGGUCGGCUUGCAGAUGCAGGAUACCCGAGGCAGGCCGUUCUCGCAGGUUCGCUGCUUGCGAUAUUUGGUACGUUUAUGACGAGCCUGACGGAGAAGUACUGGGAGAUUCUUUUGGCUCAGGGUAUAUGCACCGGCAUAGGGCUGGGCCUGAUGUUCAUGCCUACUAUUUCAGUAAUCAGUUCCUACUUCAAGAGGAGGAGAGCCAUCGCCUUGACCAUCUCCGCAGCCGGGACGGGAACUGGGAGUACUGUCUUUCCCGCUACCGUUCAGUACUUGACGCCGAAGAUUGGGUUCCCGUGGGCAGUUCGGUGCGCUGGGUUUGUGGCUUUGUUUCUGGUAAUUGUCAUGAAUCUUCUACUCAAGCCGAGACUGGCACCAAGGAAAUCAGGGCCUCUCAUUGAGUGGAGCGCCUUCAAAGAGCCCACAUACGUUCUUUUUUCAUGCGGCUGCUUCUUCUACUUUUGGGCCCUCUACUUCGGGUUCUUCUAUAUCAACAGCUAUGCUAGAGAUAUCAUCGGGUUUUCAUCUACAUCAUCCGUAAGCCUUCUGCUUAUCACGAAUGCCGUCGGAAUACCCGCUCGCCCUAUAUUUGGCUGGCUGGCUGAUACCUUUAUCGGACCUGUCAACAUGUUCUUCCUUUUGGUCAGCUCUGUAGGAUGUUUGCUAUAUGGCUGGAUUGGGGUCCGCGAUCGCGCAGCAAUGUAUGCCUUUUCAGCCGUAUAUGGCGUGGCAGUCAGCUCAUCUCAGGGAAUGUUUGUCAGUGCCCUCGCAAGUUUGACCAAGGAUCCCAGCAAGAUGGGAACUCGGUUCGGCAUGGUAUGCACGAUUUUAGCCUUUGCCACAAUGGCAGGACCUCCUACAGCCGGCGCAAUCAUUGAUCGAUCAGGUGGCCGGUAUGUCUUUGCUCAAAUAUGGGGCGGAACGGUCAUGGUCCUUUGCGCUCUUAUGAUUGCGGCAGCUAGAGUAUGGGGGACCGGGUUGCGAUUGUUUGUCAAAUGCUAG